AAGAAAAUCAUUAAAAUCAUGAUUAGAUUUCAAACUAUGAGAAGAUGAAUUACUCAGAAGUCUUAAAUGCUAGGACAUGCUGUAUAUCUUGUCACAUAAUUGUUUAGAUCUUAUAGAAAACAUUGCACUCGAUUGAUUGAUUCAUUCAAAAACAGGUUAAAAAUGGCCACUUUUGUUCAGACAGACUCUUGUGGCGGAAGAGAUAAGAGACUCUGCAAAGGCCUUUGAACCACAAAGCUUCAAUGACCAGUUCGGCUGACCUUUUAUUUUCCACUUAGAAUUAAAAAUGACCCAUUCUUUUUCUUUUUCCUAGCAACCAAUAAAACCAGUCCACUCCCAAUUUAUAGUCGUCUCUUUGAGCGUAUACCUGUGAUGUUCUACCUUAACACUCUGGUCUGAUGUUGCAGGUUUUUGUUUUUCUACAUCCUCCUAACCUGUCGCUGCACCCUCCCACUCCAGUUGCAUUUGCAUGGCAACCUUUACCAGGCCAGCUGCUCCUGCCCUUUUUCUUUCUUGAUGUUGAAUCUAAUCAUUACUUUCAAAGGAAAGCGUCUCCAAAGCACCUUUAUUAAGUGUAUGUACUGGGAGGAGGCAGGCCACUGCCCAACGCCCACUCAGCCGGCUAUUCUUCUCAACAAGUCUGUUCUGCAAACUGGGAGCACUCCCAUAACCAGCAUUUAUAAGGAAAACAUAAGUUCGGUUGUGAUGCCAUGAGGUUGAUUCUGGUUAAACCCACCAAUGCAACGCGCCGUCUGGACUCAACAGGUGAAGUCUGCCAUGAGGUUGACAAUGAGCACUGUACAUCAGGAGGGCCAUCGGCUCCCACGAAAAGCACCGAGGGUGUUCGGGAUCAAUACUCAGGCACCUCCGCUGAAGUGUCUCCAUCCCCACAGGAGACGACUCUGUGCUGUGUUUCAUCUACACCCCACGGACGUUCUAAUGGAGUCACUCCUCCAAGAGUGUCCGCUCAGAUGUCACCUCUGAAAACUGGCAACUUAACAUUUUCGCAGCUGAAUGAUCAAGACUGGCUACUGCUUUGUGGCCAGAUAAACACUCACCUCAGCGGAUCCCUCUCUAAACACACUCCUCCACCCUCUGACAUCACAGACACCAGUGACAUAGGUAAUGGUGAUGCCGUGCGACCUCUGAGCAGCCUUGGUACCAUCAGGUCCAGCCUUGCAGAUCUUUACUCAAGCCAGCAGCCCCUUCAGCUUCUGGAGGAUGCCUUCUCCAAAGUUAUCCAAGAAGAUUCCAGUAAGGCCAACAGUGAAAACAUGACAAGAGGAGAGGAAGGGAACACGCCACCCAAGAAGACCAAAGACAUAAGUUACAGACUGGGCCAGCGGAGAGCUCUUUUUGGGAAGCGCAAACAGUUGAGCGACUACGCAUUGGUCUGUGGGAUGUUUGGCAUUAUUGUCAUGGUGAUUGAAACAGAGCUGUCAAGGGGAUUUUAUACUAAGGAAUCCAUAUGUUCUUAUGUUCUGAAAGGCCUGAUCAGCUUUUCUACUCUCAUUCUUCUUGUUCUCAUUGUGAUGUACCAUGCAAGGGAAAUCCAGCUCUUCAUGGUAGACAACGGGGCAGAUGAUUGGAGGAUUGCCAUGACUUUGGAGCGGAUUCUCUGUAUUGCGUUUGAGCUCCUCAUCUGUGCCAUCCAUCCCAUCCCAGGCCAGUACGUCUUCACCUGGACCGCUCGACUGGCCUUCAGUUACACAGCGUCCAUUGCAGACGCUGACGUUGACAUCAUCCUCUCUGUGCCAAUGUUCCUGCGCUUGUACCUGAUUGGACGGGUGAUGUUGCUUCACAGUAAAUUGUUCACAGAUGCCUCCUCCCGCAGCAUCGGGGCGCUCAACAAGAUCAACUUUGACACACGUUUUGUUAUGAAGACUCUGAUGACCAUCUGCCCUGGAACGGUCCUGCUGGUCUUCAGUGUGUCCUGCUGGAUCAUUGCAGCCUGGACUGUGCGUGUUUGUGAGAGGUACCAUGAUGCGCAAGAGGUGACCAGUACUUUCCUUGGAGCAAUGUGGUUGGUCUCAAUCACUUUCCUGUCCAUCGGCUAUGGUGACAUGGUCCCUCACACCUACUGUGGAAAAGGGGUUUGCCUGUUGACAGGAAUUAUGGGAGCUGGAUGCACUGCUCUGGUUGUGGCUGUUGUUGCAAGAAAGUCAGAACUCACCAGAGCUGAGAAGCACGUCCAUAAUUUUAUGAUGGACACUCAGCUCUACAAAAAGAUAAAAAACACAGCAGCCAACGUGUUGAGAGAAACUUGGCUCAUCUAUAAAAACACCAAGCUGGUCAAAAAAAUAGAUCGCUCCAGAGUACGCCAUCAUCAGCGUAAAUUCCUGCAAGCCAUCCACCAGCUUCGAACUGUCAAAAUGGAGCAAAGGAAACUAACUGACCAGGCAAAUACAGUUGCUGAUCUUGCCAAGACUCAGAACAUGAUGUAUGACCUGGUGUUGGAGCUGCAGCAUCGAAGCGAGGACCUGGACCAGAGGAUCGCGGCUCUCGAGGAGAAACUGGACUCCAUCCUCCUGACAGUGCAGUCCCUGCCAGUUGUGCUCUCUCAAGCUAUAACAAAGCUACAAAAGGAUUUCCUGGACGACUUGGCCUGCCGGGUCCACUUCCUGUCAUCAUCCCUAAGCUCUGAGUGCUGUUCAGUCCCUGCCAGACAGCUCUGUGCCAGCUCCACCACACCAGAGACACCACACAGUUGAUAGUCCGCACUCAGUGAAUGAUCUAUUUAUAGGCAGUGCAUUAAUUAUACAGGAGGCUUUUUUUUUUAACAUAAAAUAAUCUCAGUAACUUUUGCUUUCAUAGUUAUAAUCACCCAGGGCAAUUACAGCUAUAGUCUGGAUACUGAGCAGGUCUUACGAGAGGGGAAUUCUGAACGGGAAAAGCAUUACUCCCUCAUUUCCUUCACAUUGAGUUUCCUAGUUAGUACAGGAAAUGUGUAGUAGUUGUAGCAGGAUUUUUACUCCAGAGAAUUGCAAGGAUAGAUAUUAAUAAACUGUGGCUUAAUGGAGAGUCGUCACUUUCAGUUGAUUAUUUAUUUACUCUUAGCUUCAAAUAUCCUCUGUUUUAAAGUUAUGUCAAUAUUUAAUGGUGUGAAUUUUCCUCAUUAGCAUCUUUUGCCUGUCAUAACCUUUCCCAUCUUUUCAUUCACUAUACAGACACAAUUAUUUGGACACCUAACAACUUGUAGGACUUCCCAUUCCCACUGAUUUGUAAUAUUAC